UUGGCUUGAAGCUAGGGACAGUAAUCCUGGGCUCAACUUCUGCUUUCAGGCGCUCAAUGGAUUUGUCAUCACUGUGACUGGAGAUGGCUACAUCUUCUACAUCUCCCCUACUGUGCAGGACUACCUGGGCUUUCAUCAGUCGGAUCUCAUCUACCGGAGCGUGUACGACCUGAUCCACUCAGAUGACAGAGACUCCUUCCGCCACCAGCUGUGUUGGGCCCCACCAUCUGGCAGCACCCAGCGUGCUGCUGAUGCCCUUCCCACCAACCAGCUGCCCCCAGCUGGAUGCAGCACAACGUCCAGCCCCUGGCACCUCUGCCCUGAGAAGCCCUCCUUCAUGGAGAGAAGCUUCACCUGCCGCUUCCGCUGCUUGCUGAAUAACUCCUCGGGAUUUCUGGCCUUGAAUUUCCAUGGACGCUUGAAAUUCCUUCUCGGGCAGCAGAAGGCAGCAUCAGACCGGUCCCCACUUGCCCUCUUUGCCAUAGCAAGUCCCCUCCAGCCACUCUCCAUCCUGGAGCUUCGGACCAAGACACUGAUCUUCCAGUCAAAGCACAAGCUGGAUUUCACUCCUAUAGCCUGUGAUUCCUGGGGGACAGUUAUUCUGGGGUACACAGAAGCGGAGCUGCGCAGCAGCGGUUCCGGGUACCAGUAUGUGCACGUGGCUGACAUGAUGUAUUGUGCGGAGAACCACAGGAGAGUGAUGAAGAUGGGGGAGAGCAGGCUGUCGGUUUUCCGGCUGCUGACCAAGAAGGGCAAGUGGUUGUGGGUGCAGUCCAGCACCCGGCUGGUGUACAAAGGGGGCAAGCCUGACUGCAUCAUUUCCCAGCAGCGAGUCCUAUCGAAUGAAGAAGGGGAAGAACAUCUGCGGAACAGAAGCCUGCAGCUACCUUUUAGGUUUGCCACAGGGGAAGCAAUCCUAUACAGGAAUGACGUUCCAGAGUUUCUGGACUUCUUCCAGUCUAAGGAGGAGUUGCAAACACAAGCAAACUCCCGAAUGGGACAGUGCUUGGUAAAGCCCAGCUCUCUUCUUGGGGCCAUGAUGAAGCAAGAUGCAUCCAUAUAUAUCUCCCACACCGAUAACGUGCCUCAGUUCUCCUUGCCAGAUCUCAUCACUGAGCCUGAUGGACCAAGCCAGAAUGAGGAAGUUGGUGAUGCCAUAGAGGACAGUGACUCCCCCGUGCUCAUUACCAAAACCCUCUUUGAGAAGAGUGAGGUGGACGGAAACAUCUGCCAGACCCUCAAUGCGGACAAUGCAGAGCUGCAGCAAUGGGAGGAGUCUCUGCUCAGCUUGUGUGCAGAGGAGACGCCACCAGGUCAGGAGGUUGGUGAGAGGCUUGGCACAGAGGUGACCUCCUAUGUGGAGCAGAUCCUCCUCAGGGAGGACACAGGGAAGAGCAUGGAUUUCCAGUGCUGUGAUGCAUCAUCCUUCAAUAAGGAAAACAGUGCUGUGGCUCAUUUCCAGCACUGCUGGGCAACUAAUCCAACAGUUCAAGCCCCACCACAGCCCCAGGCACCUGGUGCACGAAGCCAAGAUGCUGUGGUCUCUCUAGUCUCUGUUGUAUCUGAGGUCAGCUCUGCUCAACCAGAACAGCAGGUUCUAUUUAACCCACCUGAGCUGGUGGAGAGGACUGUUCCGGAUGUCCCAGGCUGCAGCAGCAAGCCCUCUGUAGCACUUCAGCUGGGAAAGCUGGGACAAGUGGUUCAAACAGAAGUAACCACCUCUGCUCCUGUAGAUAACACUAUUCCUGAUGAUCAGAGCUGGCCUGGAUGUGAGCUGGUGAGCCCAAGCUGCCCACCUCCGUUGGACUCAAACAUACUAGUGACUCAGUGGCAUGAUGUCCUGGUUCAGGCAAACCCAGCCAAUGCUUUGGGUGAGAGUGCUUCUCCUGGAGGUUGCCUAUCGGAGGCUUGGAUGGACACAGCUCCAGAACAGCUGGAAGCAGCAGGAACACACCUAGAGUCACAAACUCUGCUGGCUGGCAGCCCUGAGAGUCCUCCGGGGGCUGGGCUGUGGUUGCUGCCCUCCCAACCUGCUCCUUGCCCUGCGUGGGGCUUGCAUGACUCCUUGUUCUCUGGAACUAGAGACCUCCAUGAGGAGGAGGCUGCUCUCCCUGCACAAGCAUCAGCACCCUUAGGAGUCAGCCAGCUGCCAGGGGAUGGUGGCUUCCCCAAACAGCCUCCGAUACUCCCCUUGGAGCCCAGCUUUUCUUGGGAAGGGGAGCAGGACAAGAGGUUCUUGCAGUGCCAGCCGUGGCUCCCGCAGGCUGGCACAACUCCUCAGAGAUGUGGUGGAGCAGGUCUGGUGCAACACAGCAUGCUCCCGCUGGGGUCCAGCGCAGGUCCCAGCAUCCACUGCACAGACCAUGUUGUGCUGCCUGAGUGCCAGUAUGGAAAUAGCCUUUUUGGACAUGAAAGUAACUUUUUUAGGGAUGCCUAAAACAUCCCUUCCGCAGCAUGUGGAUGCCCUGCCUUGCCCCAGCGAGAGCCAUCCUGGAACAUCAUGUUCCUCACCAGCCUCAGUUUUGAGGUGCUCACCAGCUCUGCCUGCGAAG